AUGGUGGUCACCGGUAUCAACGGUAAUCACAAGGUGACUUCUUAUUGUGUAAAACUGGAGCUGAAAGGAGACAACAACCAAGUGUGGACUACUAAAAUCGCCACACAUCCUAACGUUCCAAUCCAUUUCCAAGCCCCCGACUUCUCGAGCCAAGAUAUCGCGUUUCUCAAGAAACAGGGUAUCGAAGCCUCCGCUAUUAUGAAUCUAAAACGCCACAAUGGUCAGACUAUCGAUCUUCUACUAGGCAACAACUUUAUCGCAAAAAUAAGCACUAUAAGUAAACGAUACGAGCUACCAAGCAGUAGAAUGCUCGAAAAGACCCCGCUAGGUACCAUUACAUACCCAACGCCAAACAACGAAUUCUCUAUAUCAGUACCAAACAAUUCAACCCUCGAAACUACAGAUUACUUCGCGCCUGCGAUAAUCAACGCUCUCGAAACUAAAGAAUGCGAAGAUUUGCAAGACGAAGAGUUGGUACGAAGGGUGGAGCAGCUGUUCGAACUAGAGCACGUAGGUAUUCGCCCAGCGGAGCAGUGCGAGGAGGAGAGAACGUCGGACGAAACUUUGAUCGAAAAGACUAAAGAAGAAGCCGCUGUCAUCGACGGAAGAAUUCACGUAUCCUUCCCGUUCAAUGGCAGAGAGUCUGAACUAGAGGACAACUAUCCAGUGGCUAAACGACGACUAGUAUCACUACACGGAAACCUACUAAAAGACAAAAAAUUGCUAAACGAUUAUGACCAAACGAUAAAACAACAACUACUAUCAGGUAUCAUCGAGCGAGUUCCGGGAACAGCCAGAAGACGAAGAAGAGGAAAGUUCUACUACAUUCCUCACCGAAACGUCAUGAAGGCCGACUCGAUAACCACAAAACUGAGAAUAAUACUAGAUGCAUCUAGCCACAUGAAAGACGAACUUUCACUAAACGAUUGCGUCCUCCCAGGACCAUCUAUACUACAAACAAUCCCAGGAAUUCUAAUACGUUCCAGACUAAAGCGGUACCUGAUGAUCGCGGACAUCGAAAAGGCUUUCCAUCAGGUCCGCAUCAAACCAGAAUUUCGAGAUUUGACUCGGUUUUUGUGGUUGAAAGACCCAAACAAACCAGCCACGCCAGACAAUAUCGAAAUAUACAGGUUCACUCGACUACCCUUCGGGAUGUCGUGCUCUCCGUUUCUACUAGCAGUCACAAUUCUCAUGUACCUAGAUAUCAAUCCCCACGAAAUCAACACGAGAAUUCUGCAAAACUUGUACGUCGACAAUACGGUUUUCACGACCAACGACGAACAAGAACUAGAACAGCUAUACAAAGAUUCUAAAGAAGCUUUCAACAAAAUGGGGAUGAAUCUAAGAGAAUACCAAGUUAACUCUAGCAAAAUCCACGACAAGAUCCUAGAAACAGAUAGAGCUCAAAACACGGAGUGCAAGCUACUAGGUCACGUAUGGGACAGCGUAGCCGACACUCUAACUAUAAAAAUUGCUAAACCACCAACAGAGGCACCAACCAAAAGGAAGGUUGUAUCCUUUUUGGCCUCAACGUACGAUCCUCUAGGACUUCUUUCCCCAAUAAUAGUCCCAAUCAAGGAAUUCGUACAAACUCUGUGGGAAGAACCGACCGCUUGGAAGCAGUUGAUUCUGAAAGCAUCUUGCAAAAGAUGGUACGAACUCAUCGCGUCCUUUACGCGAACGACGUUCACCAUCCCAAGACAGCUCACAGAGUACUACAACUACAAAUCGGUCAAAAUAAUGAUGUUCAGCGACGCAUCGGAACUACACUUUGCAACAGCAGCCUACCUACACUACGAAAUCGAAGACAGGCCUCCUGUAACCAAAAUCAUCUUUGCAAAACCAAAAGUAAAGCCGAGAAAGUCGAAGCUAACAAUACCACGCCUAGAAUUACUUGGCAUUCAAUUGGCUGUCAAUACAGCAACAAUGCUAGUCAGAGAGAUCGACGAGACCAAGCUGACAGAAGUCAAAUUCUUCAGUGACUCGACAAUCGCUCUCUACUGGAUCCUCAAACGAAGCAAAGUAGUUCGCUUCGUGGACAACAGAGUAACUAAACUACAUCAAACAACCGAAUUACUAGAAAAACAAGGUCUGAACCCGAAAUUCUAUCAUUGUCCUACAGAAUUCAACCCAGCAGACGUGGCUUCGCGAGGAACCACAAUCGAGCUGCUACUAA